AAAUUACGGUGGGAUGCGCGGAAAACCCCAAGAAAACCCCUGCAAAGCCGCCGAGGCCCGGCCUACCCGCGAAACAAUUUCAUGACACAUGUGUGUAGUGCAGCAUCUCCGAUUGUGAAUCACAUCUCCAUCUUUUUCAAUUGCAUCUCCUGACAUAUUGAACAUCUUCUCUCUAAGCUCUUCUUCAUCUUCAUCCUCGCUUUGCCUCAAAUUCCAUCACAUAAUGCUUAGCACAGUCAGAGUCGCAAGCAGGCAGGUGGCCGUCCGUGGUGCGGCGUGUCGCGUUGUCGGAGCUUCUCGCCAGGCCUCGACCUGGGCGAACGUUCCCCAAGGUCCACCAGCCAUCUUAGGUAUCACCGAGGCAUUCAAGGCCGAUACCCUCCCAGAGAAGAUCAACCUCGGUGUUGGCGCCUACCGUGACGACGCGGGAAAGCCAUACGUUCUCCCGUCCGUUCGCACCGCUGAGGACAAGGUCAUCGCUGCUAAGCUCAACAAGGAGUACGCCGGAAUCACCGGUGUCCCUGAGUUCACCAAGGCCGCUGCCGUCCUUGCCUACGGUGAGGGCUCCAACGCUCUCGACCGCCUCGUCAUCACACAAUCCAUCUCCGGAACUGGUGCUCUCCGUAUCGGAGGCGAGUUCCUGGCCAAGUUCUACCCAGGCGCGAAGAAGAUCUACAUUCCUACGCCAUCAUGGGCAAACCACGGCGCCAUCUUCACCGAGUCUGGACUUGAGGUCCAGAAGUACAGGUACUACAACAAGGACACCAUUGGCCUCGACUUCGAGGGUAUGGUCGCCGACAUCAAGGCCGCCGACAAGGGCAGCAUCUUCCUCCUCCACGCCUGCGCACACAACCCCACUGGUAUCGACCCUACCCCAGAGCAGUGGAAGCAGAUCAGCGAUGCUGUUAAGGCGGGCGAGCACUUCGCCUUCUUCGACAUGGCUUACCAGGGCUUCGCGUCCGGUGACACCAACAAGGACGCCUUCCCAGUCCGCCUCUUCGUUGAGCAGGGCCACAACAUCUGCCUCGCGACUUCGUUCGCCAAGAACAUGGGUCUCUACGGUGAGCGUGCCGGCACCUUCUCCAUUGUCUGCGAGGACGCGGCCGAGAAGAAGCGCGUCGACUCGCAGAUCAAGAUCAUCGUUCGCCCGCUCUACUCCAACCCCCCCGUGCACGGCGCCCGCAUCGCCGCCGAGAUCCUCAACAACCCCGAGCUGAACCAGCAGUGGCUCGGUGAGGUCAAGGGCAUGGCCGACCGCAUCAUCGAGAUGCGCGCGCUCCUCAAGGAAAACCUCGAGCAGCUCGGCUCCAAGCACGACUGGUCCCACAUCACCAGCCAGAUCGGCAUGUUCGCCUACACUGGCCUCACGCCCGAGCAGAUGACGACGCUUGCCCAGGAGCACUCCGUCUACGCCACCAAGGACGGCCGUAUCUCCGUUGCGGGCAUCACAACCGGCAACGUCAAGAGGCUCGCAAAGGCCAUCUACGCCGUCAAGGGCUAA